GGUUAACCGUUAGCCAGCCGGGGAAUGGGCUGCUGAAACUCUCCCUCUGCACCACUUAGACUACCACUUGGAAUCCCUGGCCAGGUAGGUCUCCUGACUCGCUCCCUCUCUCUUGUUCCUUUUCAGAGUGUGUUGGCUUCUGGACGGCGUCAGGGUUUUGUACCAAGGACUCAACAGAAGGCUGUGCGUGGGGUAACCAGGGUCUCGUCGCUGGGAGAACUGUUGAACGCUUCGCCAUGACACCCACACUGCAUCUGCUGCUACUGCCGCUCUUGCUCAGUGUGGCCCGUGGACAGGGUUUGAAGGACAAGAAGGGGCCCCUGGAGAACAAGGCCCUGGACGUGCCCGAGCAGACGGUCGUGCCCUAUCCCAUCUACCAGUUCCAAGUAUCAGACCCAGAUGUGACUGGCUUCCAACUUACCGGUGAAGGUCAUGCAGACAUCCAGAUAGCAGAGGAUGGAUGGCUGUACCUGGCCGAGCCCCUGGACUGGGCACGCAAUUCACAUUAUAUUAUCGGGGUGGAGGCUUUAGUGGGCAGUGAUGUGGUGGAGGGCCCAGCCUUCGUCACCAUUAGCGUGUUGGACAUCAACAACCAUGCGCCAACCUUCGAACAGUCUGCAUACGCCGCUAUGGUCCGGGAGCGAACCCGCCAUGGCGUGCCGUUUGUGCGUGUGUCGGCCAGCGACCUGGACGACCCUGAGUCCCCCAACGCCCGGUUGCACUUCAGCCUGGUCAGCCAGAUCCCCAACAGGGACAAGACGCCCUUCUUCCAGAUCGACCCCGUCACCGGAGACAUCUCCAUCACCGAAGACGGAGAGCGCAUGCUGAAGGCCAGGGAGAGCCUGCAGUAUGGCAUGGGGGAGAGCUUCAGCAGUGCUAACCUGAAGAAGAAGUUUGAUGACUACUGCACACCCACACAGGACAUCCCUCACGAGCUCAACCCCUUCUACACCUGUCUGGAGAGAGCAGAGAGCCGGACCCGGGGCGGGGACCGCCAGGAGGACCCCGACUACACCCUGAUCGUGCGUGUGGAGGACCUGGCGGGUGCCUCGGAGAACGCACUGAGCGGUAUCACCAGCGUGAAGGUGGUGGUGGAGCAGAACCUGUGGGUGAACCCUGGACCCCUCACUGUGAGGGAGCACCUCAAGGCGCAGUACCCCAUGGUCAUCGCUAAGGUGGGCGCCAACCAGCCCAACGCCAGCUACCGGCUGCUGCAGAAGGAGCGCGUGGCGCUGAGGUUCCCCUUCAGCAUCACGGACGAGGGAGAGGUCCUGCUGAACGAGGAGCUGGACCGCGAGGAGAAGGACAUGUACAUCCUGGUGGUGAUGGCGGAGGAUCACCAUGGCAACGAGGUGGAGUCGCCCAUGGAGAUCCAGGUGGUGGUGGAGGACAUCAACGACAACAGCCCCGAGUGUGGGAGCGAGGAGAUCGUGUUCGAGAUCCAGGAGAACGAGCCCGUGGGCAGUGAGGUGGGACAGCUGUUGGCCUCCGACCGCGACGAGGAAGGGACGAGCAACGCUAUGCUCAUGUACACCAUCGAGACCGUGCUGCCUGUCAACGGAGCCUUCUCCCUGGACGCCGUGUCGGGGCGCAUCCUCACCCGAGACAUGCUGCGGAGGAGGGACUCCAAACAGUACACACUUAUGGUCAACGUCAGCGACCAGGUGUUCAGCACCAUGUGUAAGGUCCUCAUAAAGGUGAUUGACGUCAACAACGAGCUGCCCCUGUUUGAGAAGAACAACUAUGGCAGCCUGUCCCUUGCGGAGGACUCCUCUGUGGGCCAGACCGUGCUGACAGUGAAAGCGUCUGACGCAGACGAACCCGGCAGCGGGAGCUCCGAAAUCCUGUUUGAAAUCACCGGAAACUAUGGCGACACGUUCGCCGUGGAGACAGACGGAAACGGAGAGGGCAGACUGGUUAUUAUCAAGCCCCUGGACUUCGAGGCCUUCCCCACCUACACGCUGAGGAUCAACGCCCGCAACCCCGAGCCCCUGAUGGCCGGCCUGGACUACGACAGCAAGUCCUCCGCCUCCGUCUUCAUCUCCGUCAUGGAUGUGGAUGAGGACCCCGAGUUCCAGAGCUCCGCCCCACCGUCGGUGAGCGUCCCUGAGGACCUCCCAGUGGGAGAGCUGCUGUUCACCGCCGACGCCAAGGACCCCGAGGGGAAGGACAUCAGUUUUAAGAUGGAGGGGGAUGUGAAUGGCUGGCUGGUCCUCGAUGCUGCCACAGGAGAGGUUAAGACCAAGGCCAAGCUGGACAGAGAGACCCUGGAGGUCCUGGAACUCACCAUCACUGCCUUUGAGCAGGGAAACCCCAAGAAGGCAACGGAGCGUGUGUACACCGUGCACCUGCUGGACGUCAACGACAACCACCCCAAGCUGAAGGAAAGCCAGGCCUUCAUUUGCACCAAGGGCCCCCAGCCCGUGGUCCUAAGGGCCGUGGACCCAGACAGCUUCCCCUUCUCUGAGCCCUUCACCUUCUCCUUCCCCAAGGGGAAGAAGUCCCCCAACUGGGAGAUCACCACUGUCGACGGAUCGUCUGCUCUCCUGAAGAUGAAGAAGGCCCCAGCCGAGGACAAGACCUUCUCCAUCCCCAUCAGCAUCAUUGACAACCAAGGCGUAGGAGUCACACAGAAGUUUGAGGUGAAGGUGUGUAACUGUACGGCGCUGGGGUACUGCUACGUCGCACCAGGCACCCACUCCUUCAAGUACGGCAUGGGGACCACCGUCGGGAUCCUGGCAGGAACCGUGGCCUUCAUCUGCAUUGCGUUCGCCAUCGUGGUCCACCGCAUCAACAAGAGCAACGAGGAGAAGAAGAAGAAGGCGGCAGCGGGCAACGGCGACUCCGAGCAAAUGCUGUAACCGCCAGACACGACAUGGUGUUCACACUCACAGCCAGGCAACCCUUUUUGUAACACACCUUUAUUUGCAUUAUCCUGUGUACUCAUCCUAAUCAUUCAGAUUCAGCUAAAAGUGGUCUUUUUAAACAUCACAGCCAUUGUCUAAUAAUCCAAUACACACGGUCAGGCAUUUUUACACUGUUUUUUUUUGUUGUUAUGAUGUCAGCAAUGUUGUUGGAUGACAUUAGCCAUGUUAUUUAAAUGUUGGUUGUGAGAAUCUGUUAAACCGGCUAUCUAAAAGAAAACCCCAUAUGUGUACUUACACAGCUGCCUGUGGAUAAAGCAAAUAAUUUGUUCCGUUGGUUUUAUGUUUUCCAAUAAAACUACAACUUUAGUUUUCA